CCUCACCCUCACCCUCACUCCACCCCACUCCUCGUCGAGCCUCGCACCCCCACACACGCCGCGCCGCGUGCUCCUCACUCCCUCCUGGUUCCGCCUCGCCUUGCCCUGCCAUCCCUUAGACGCCCGCGCGUGCACUGCUGGACCCGCCUAGCCCCCACACCCAUCCCUCCGCCAUGCAGCCGCAGUCCUACAACAUGCAGCCGCGGCCACACACGCCCGUCGGCGGCUCGUACGAUGCGUACGCCCCGCGCGGCGCGCCCGGCACGCCCGGCACCUUUGCCAGCGACGCCGGCGCCAAGCGCCACAGCGACGUGCCCAGCACGUACUUCUUCAACAAGGAGGGCGGCCCGGCAGCACUGGCAGCCAGCGAUACCGGUGCCAUGGCACCCGUCAAGGCGCGCGGCGGCCCGCUCGGCUUCGUGCGCCGGCGGCCAGUCCUCACUGGCCUGCUCGUGCUGCUCCUCGUGGCCAUCGGCGUCGGCGCGGGUGUGGGCGCGAGCAUGGCCAUGAAGUCUUCCUCGUCGCCCGCCAACGCCAGCGCGGCCAACGAGGGCUCGAAGAACUCCGGCGCCGGCACGCACACUGGCGGCUCCACGGAGAGCCCCAGCAGCGGCAACACCACGAGCAGCACCAACACGACCGCCGCCGCGCCCGCCUUUACGCCGUUCGAGCAGUGGAGCUUCACGGACCCGAACAAGAAGAUGUUCGGCGUGUCGCUCGGCAACUGGCUCGUGCUGGAGCGCUGGAUGAACGAGGACUGGAUGAUCCAGCAGGGCGGCGACAACGCCGUCGACGAGUGGACGCUCACGCAGAUUCUCGGCAACAAGGCCCAGGACGUGCUGUCGGCGCACUGGGACUCGUGGGUCACCGAGGCCGAGCUGGACAAGCUGCAGGCCGUCGGCAUCAACUACAUCCGCAUUCCCGUCGGCUACUGGGCCUUCAUUCCCGCCGCCAACGGCGAGCCGUACCUGGCGAUGGCGGGCCAGAAGGAGCAGAUGGACAAGGUGCUCGGCUGGAUGUCGACGCGCGGCAUGUACGCCAUGAUCGACCUGCACGGCAUGCCCGGCUCGCAGAACGGCGACCAGUCGUGCGGCCACACCACCGACACGAUCAACUGGUUCAGCAGCUACAACCAGGGCCUCUCGGACCAGACCGUCGACGCCGUCAUUGCGUGGAUCAACCAGAACAAGUACAAGUCGCUCAUCUCGUCGGUCGGCGUCGUCAACGAGCCGCGGCCGAACGGCAACAGCGGCCGUCUCGCAACCCUGACGUCCUUCUACGAGCGCAGCUACGAGAAGCUCAAGUCCAACAACCUCACCAUGUUCUUCCACCACGGCUUCAUCACCGGCGGCUCGCCGCUCGACUACUGGCGCGACUUUGCGACGGGCAAGGACCCCAACUACCUCGUGUACGAGGACCACCCGUACCCCGGCUACUUCCCGCUCAACACGGACCAGGACAACAUGAUCAGCCGCGUCUGCCAGCUGGCGCAGAACGCCGUCGGCUUCCCGAUCCCGAUGGCCAUCACCGAGUGGAGCGCCGUCAACGGCGGCGGCACCUUUGCCUUCACGAAGCAGUACUACAACACGCAGGUCUCGGCGUGGGCGUGGUCGGCGGGCUCGGUGUUCUGGUCCUUCAAGCUCAUGCACAGCAGCACCAAGGUGCUCGCCGUCGCCGACUACCUGCAGGACCAGUACUCGAUGCUCACGAUGAUCGACCAGGGCGUCAUCACGGCGCCCGCCGCCGGCCAGUCGGCGUUCGACGGCAUCAAGGCGCUGCCGAACCAGCAGUGCGGCAACAUCCCCACGCCGCGCUGGACGAACCCGUCGCGCCAGACGGCCGGCUACCAGGGCCGGCGACGCGACGUCGCCGCCGCCGACGGCCUCGUGCGCCGCACGCGCUCCAAGCGUGCGCUUUGAGCGUGCCGUCGCUUGCCUCGCUUCCUCUCCUGCCUCGGCUGCCCGGGCAGCGUCUUACUCUCGUUCCGGCUUCGCCUUCGGCCUUGUACGCCUCAUCGUAUUACCACCCCACCCACAUUCGUUCUGCUGCC